AAACUGAAAGGUUUUUUUCUAAUGGGUCUUGAAAGGAAUUAGAUAACUAUCUUCGCAAACUUUAUUUUUUUCAAACUUAGUUUGAAAUCAAUCAAAGCUGUUUUAUUUUUCAUGUAUUUCAUUUUGUAUGUGUAAUUAUUUUCAAAAAGAGUAAAAUGUCUUCUGGAUUUGAUGAAAUAGUACGCAAAAACGAACCAACUUCUGAUCGAAUUGUUGACAAAACUCAUGGUUAUAUUGUUAUAAAUAAUCGUAAUGCCAUAGCUAUGAAAAGUACAUUGGAAAAUUCAAUAACUCAAGGCAUAAUAAAGCAGAUGGCUGGACCUCUUAUAUUUUCAGCUAGAAGUGCUGUACGAGAUUUAGAUUCAACUAAUGAUUUGACGUUUUUGAGAAUUGGAACAAAAAAAUUUGAAUAUUUAAUUGCUCCCGAAGAAGAUUUUACUAUUGUUGUUCUGCAAUAAAAUAAUAU